UAGGUGGCUCCAGGCCCCGCCAGCUGGCCCUGCUCAGAGUUAUUUUCCCCUCUCGCUCCCAGCCGCCUCGGAGUCCCUUGCGCUGGGGACAGACGAACGGACACACAGAGGCAGGCAUGGGCCCCUCUCUGCUCUCGGCUGGCCUGGUGCUGGGCUCCCUGCUCCAACUGGGAGUGGGAGACCCCGGCUUCAGCCCCGAGGCCUGGCUCCAGCAGUACGGGUACCUGCCGCCUGGUGACCUCCGCACCCACACGCAGCGCUCACCCCAGUCCCUCUCGGCUGCCAUUGCUGCCAUGCAGCGCUUCUAUGGCCUCCAGGUCACAGGCACCGCUGACCUCGAGACCGUCAAGGCCAUGAAGAGACCACGCUGUGGUGUCCCUGAUAAGUUUGGGGCCGAGAUCAAGGCCAACGUGCGGCGCCGGCGCUAUGCCAUCCAGGGCCUGAAAUGGCAGCACAACGACAUCACUUUCUGCAUCCAGAACUACACGCCCAAGGUGGGGGAGCACGCGACAUUCGAGGCCAUCCGCCGGGCCUUCCGGGUGUGGCAGAAGGCCACGCCGCUGGUCUUCCGGGAGGUGCCCUACGCCUACGUGCGUGAGGGCCGCGAGCCCCAGGCCGACAUCAUGAUCUUCUUCGCCGAGGGUUUCCACGGUGACAGCACCCCCUUCGAUGGCGAGGGUGGCUUUCUGGCUCAUGCCUACUUCCCUGGGCCCCACAUUGGUGGUGAUACCCACUUCGACCUGGCUGAGCCCUGGACUGCCCGCAAUGACGACCUCAGUGGGAAUGACAUCUUUCUGGUGGCUGUGCAUGAGCUGGGCCAUGCGCUGGGACUGGAGCACUCCAAUGACCCAUCAGCCAUUAUGGCGCCCUUCUACCAGUGGAUGGACACUGAGAACUUCGUCUUGCCUGAUGAUGACCGCAUGGGCAUCCAGCAGCUCUAUGGGGAUGAGUCCAGGGGCCCCAGCAAGGCACCUCCUGGGCCUCGCACUACAGUUCGGCCCCGUACACCCGACCGGCCCCACAACCCACCCUACGGCCCCAAGAUCUGUGAUGGGAACUUUGACACCAUUGCUGUGCUCCGUGGGGAGAUGUUUGUUUUCAAGGAGCGCUGGUUCUGGCGAGUCCGAAAUAACCGGGUGAUGGAUGGGUACCCUCUCCCAAUCGGGCAGUUCUGGGUCGGUCUCCCAGCGACUAUCAACACGGCCUAUGAGAGAAAAGAUGGGAAAUUUGUCUUCUUUAAAGGUGACAAGCACUGGGUGUUUGACGAGGCCAUCCUGGAGCCUGGCUACCCCAAGCACCUCAAGGAGCUGGGCCGGGGGCUGCCCAAGGACCGUAUUGAUGCUGCCCUGUUCUGGAUGCCCAGCGGGAAAACUUACUUCUUCCGGGGCAACAAGUAUUACCGCUUUACCGAGGAGAGCCAGUCAGUGGAUUCGGACUACCCCAAGAACAUCAAUGUCUGGGAGGGCAUCCCUGAGGCCCCCCGUGCAGCUUUCAUGGGCAGCGAUGAGGCCUACACCUACUUCUAUAAGGGCAACCGCUACUGGAAGUUCAACAACCAGAAGCUGAAGGUGGAGCCAGGCUACCCCAAGUCGGUGCUGCGGGACUGGAUGGGCUGCCCUGGGGGUGACAGGCCUGAUGAAGAGACCGAGGUCAUCGUCAUCGAGGUGGAUGAGGCGGGCGGCGGGGCUGUGGGGGCCACAGCUGUGGCCCUGCCCGUGCUGCUGCUGGUCUGUGUCCUGGCCGUGGGGGUGGCCGUCCUCUUCUUCAAGCGCCAUGGCACACCCAAGCGCUUGCUCUACUGCCAGCGCUCCCUGCUGGACAAGGUCUGAGGGGCGGGGCUCCCAGUGGGCCCACCCCCUGCAGGACAUGGAGGGAGGGGGCAGGGCUUCCCCCUGGCUACUCCCUCUUCUCCCCAUGGCUCCACCCACUCUCCCUGCUGCUCCGCCCCUUUCCCCUAUUCUCUACCUUCUAUCCUAUGUGAGGGUGGGGCUUGGGCUAGCCCCCCCCAAGCUCCUUCCCCUCCCUGCUGGCCAAGGCUUGAGGGGGUGAGACUUUACCCCAGUCUGCUGUCCCUAGAGCUCCACCAGGUGGAGGAGGUGUGAGGGGCGGAGCUUACCAUGGCCCCACCUCCCCCAUUGGCCAGGGCUUCGGGGAGGGAGGGGCUUCUCUCUGCCUUGCUCCCCAUGGGAGACGCGCUGAGCGCGCCUUGACCCCACAUCCCUCCCCCAGGGCCUAGCUCCACUUUGACCUCGCUGGGAAAGGUCAAAGUUCAGGUCCCCUGGUGGCCUCAUGACCUUGGCAAGGGUGCCAAAGGGAGGCUCUGAUGUGACGCCCCCGGCUGGGUCAGGGGUUCAAAACCAUGUUGGGUCCUCCCGCCCCCAACCUUGGUCAUCUGACCCUCUCCUCUCUUCCUGCUCCAACCAAUCAGCUUGCUUGACUUGUCCCUUUGCUCCGGUGGGGUGGGGCCAUCUGUGGAACGGAGGCCCCUGAUUGGCUGUUGGUGAAAGGGUGACUGCCAGCCAGGCAGGGCCCCUGCAAUCCACAGGGAAGCCAUGGGGAAAGAGGGUGAAGCCAUCAAAAGAAAAGGGUGUGACUUUGGGAGAAUGGGUGGGGCCUCCUCUAAGGGCGAGGCUAUGCAGAUGAAAGGGGAAGGGUCUCUGUAUUCCAGUGGGUGGGGCUUUGUAGACGAUGAGUGUAUACAUUCCAAGUGGGCGGGGCUAUGUAGAUAAAGGAGUGCUUGCAUUCUAAUGGGCGGGGCCAUGCAGAUGAGCCGGAGGGGGCUUUGCCUUACACUGGGGGAGCGCUAUGCCGGAGAGGAAGGGGCGGGGGAAAUGCAUUCCAGUGGGCGGGGCCAUGCAAAUAGAGGUGAAGGGUCUUUGCCUUCCAGGGGGAGAGGGCAUUCCACUGGGCGUGGCUAUGCAGGUGAGGCAGGAGAAAGGGCUGAUGGGAAAGAGGCAUGGGUACCUAGGGGGUGGAGCAACAGUGCAAGACAGUGGGGAAAGGGGGUGGCGGCCUCAUUUGGUCCCAUCUAAAAGCACCCCUACCAGUCAGUGCCCCCACCCUUGAGGCUCACUGUGUGGUGGAGGGGUGGUGGUGAACUGGGAGAAGGGAGUAGUGGGACGCGGACGGCUCCAUGUGGUGGGGAAGAGGGAGGCAGGGCUGUAUUUCGGGAGAUUCCCGCCUAAUCCCUUUUGUCCCCUCCCCUGCUCCUUUCUCCCCCUGGGGUUUCUUAUAGUCUUUUUUAUUUGGAGGGGGGGUAUAUUUGGGGGAGUUUUUAACGUAUAAUUUUUUUUAAGAAAAAGAAUCCUUAAUUAUUCUAUAGAAUAAAAAAAAAGGCAAUUAACGUUGGCACGUUAAUGGGGCGGGGGUGGGAUUGGGGCGAGGGGGUAAGUUACCUCACUUCCUGCGGGCCGGGCUCGGGGUAGCUAUUUCCCUCCAUUUCUGGUGUCACAGUGUCCGGCGCUGAACGAGCUUCCAAAAAUGUCCUGUUUUUUUAUUAUUAUUAUUAUUAUUAUUGGGGGGUGGGGGUGGGGGAGGGAGUGAAUUUGUUCCGUUCAGUAAUUUUCUCCCGCUCCCUCACCCCGAUUUAUUGUUAUAAUUUGAUAAUUAUUUUGCUAUCGAGAAUAAAAAGGAAAACACACACCCGUUUCCGGGACCAUCGAA